AGUCACUUCGUGAACGUGGACACUUUCUCGUUGUCAAAGGACCUGUGAUCAGUGUGUAACAUUUCAUCUGUAAUACUGUGGUCGCACAAAGAGUUUCAAAGUCCGUAGAGAGACUCGAGAAAGGAAUUUUUGAGACUGGUCGAAUCCCUGGAUAAACAUAAAUUAAUAAGAACAUCGGGUGUGUUUGCAUCGAUAACAUUUCUGCGCUUGAAUUGAAGGAGGAGAGCUAGCCUGGUGAGACACAGAGCAGAGUGAAAGAAGAGGAACUGUCUUGCUGCUGUGGCUGUGUGGGGAGAGCAUCAGCAGCAACAUGAAGCCCUUCCUCUCUUUGCUGUCACCCCUGCUCCUCCUCCUCCUCUCUCUCCUCUUGCCAUCAUGGACGCUGGCAAGUGACUGCCCUAAGGACUGCACCUGUUCUAGCCCAAAUUCAAUCUUCUGCCUCAUGAGACGAUCUUCACAAAUGCCACCUGCUGUGCCGACAUCAACCAGGAACCUUUACCUAUUCCAGAACGGCAUUGAGACUCUCUCUCAGGAGGAUUUUGAGGGACUGCAGAACCUUGAAAUGCUGGACCUUAGUCAGAACAAGCUCUCUGAGCUAACAGACCAUGUAUUCGAACCACUGUCUUCUCUGCGCAAUUUGGACCUUUCAUCCAACCAGAUCACCCACAUAUACAAAGACAGUUUUGCUGGGCUUGAGCUACUACAGAGGUUAUACCUCUACAGCAACCAGAUCGAAUCUAUCCACCCUGCAGCCUUUGAUGAACUGACUGAGCUGUUGGAACUCAAGCUACAAGGGAACAAGUUAACAAUGCUGCCUGCCCUCAAAAUGCCCAGCCUGCUCCUACUGGACCUACGCUAUAAUAAUAUCCCGUUGCCUGAUCCUGCAGAUCUCCAGACACCCAACCUAGAGUCACUGAAAUUGGGUGGACUAGGCCUAAGUGGAUUGGAUGACAAACUUAUAGGGAGUUUGGUGAACCUCCAAGAGCUGGACAUUUCCAACAACCAACUGAAAGAAUUUCCUCAUGUCCUACGGGAGUUAAGGGGCUUGGUCAUUCUCAGCCUUGCUGGAAAUCCAAUGGGCCCCUUGAAGUGGGAGGACUUCGAAAACUUGAGGGAGCUUCAGGAGUUGGACAUAAGCAACCUCAGCCUGCAGGGCCUCCCAGAGGAUUUCCCCCAACGUUUUCCUCAUCUGCAGAGGCUGACUGUUGCAGAGAAUCCCUUCAACUGUCUCUGCACACUGGCAUGGUUCCCUGGCUGGCUGCGUAAUCAGAAGAUAAAUCUGGCGAGGACUGAGGAGACCCGUUGUCACUUCCCACCUUUGAAUGCAGGAAAGGUUCUGGAAAGGCUGGAACAUCGAGAUUUUGGAUGCCCCACUACCACUGUCACUACGAGCACGGUCAAGACCACCGUUCCAACCCUGAUCACUCGUCUAACUAGCACAACACAAGCUAUUGUACCUCCAAAGCCAAGUGAUGAUCCUUCCACAGGAACAGACAGCUACCCUCUCCCACCAGCACCAGCUACACCUACAACCAACGUGGACUGUCCAUCAAGCAUCUGCCUUAAUGGAGGUACAUGUUUUCUGGACCAAAAAGGACAUGUGGAGUGCAUCUGCCCACGUGGAACAUCAGGAGUAUAUUGUGAGACAAAGGAACCAACAACCAUCUCCACAACAGUAAUCACUGUGGAACCUGAUAUCAGCUCACGUCAUGUAACUAGCUCCUCUAUACUCAUAGACCUACAUCGCUACAUUGACUCACGUCCUCAUAUUCGUGGGAUCAGACUGACCUACAGGAAUCUUUCUGGGCUAGAUAAACGUCCUUUGCAACUUAGUGUACCGGCCACUUACCCAGAAUACACCCUAAGAGGACUGAAGUCUAACUCAACAUACUCUAUUUGCGCCAGCCCAAUGGGCGAGCCCAACAGCAAGGACAGUGUCUGUAUAGAGGCCCACACAGACACCCAGCAGCGAUCUACCAUGGUGGCACAAGUGGAAGACCAGAAGCUUACCACUAUGAUUAUCCCUGCUCUAGCCAUCCUCCUUCUCCUAGUGCUGAUGGCUGUUGCAGUUGGCGUAGUGUGUUAUGUGCACAAAAGAAGAGCGAAUGGACAGCUGGAUUUUGAAUGUGACCCUUCACAGCUGGAACAAGAGGAUGUAAAGGCUGGAUUGGACAAUGGGGCAUUACCCCAAAAACAGCCAGAGCUUAUAUCCUCUCCGCCAACAGCGCAAAAAGGUGGCUUGGACUAUGAAGUCCCACUAAUGCAACAAGAACACAGCACAGCCAACAACAACAUGACUGCUAAGAAGCCAUCUUAUUUUUGACAUCAUCACUGUUAGUCAGGGAUGACGGUGAGACUAGGUGAGAAACUCUGUUGCCUUGCCUUUACCUUUCGGUGAAAAGAUACUGAGAUUCAGUUGUAUAGUUGGAGGCCAUGCCAGCCAAGAAACAGAAAUAUCAAGUUAGAGUGCAAUCUUUUAUAAAAUCAAGGAAACUUUCCUUUUUUUCAAAGAAUCCUGCAAGUGCCUUUGAUCACAUGUCCUCCACAGACUCUUUCUCCAGUUGUACUGUUGGACUGCUACUAUGCAGGAAAAUUAGGUGUCCCCUAAUUGGCCCAAGAAAAGCCAAGGGCAAGUGGUGUAUCUGAAGCUGAGUUAACAGACUUCAUGGGCAGGUUAUUUAAGUUGAUCUUCUCAUUGACUGUGGGCUCUUUUGUCAGUAUGUUAAGGUGGACACUGGACUGAAAUGUGAGCAACAGUAAUUAAUGACUGAAUCAACUUUGCUAAGCAAUGUUUUGCUAUGUAGCAUCUGUGUGCAACUCCAGAGGAGCUGUACUUGCUGUGAACUUAAUUCGACAGAGUCAGCUAAUGAAGAUAAGGACUGCUCUCGAGUAAUUG